CCAGUUCCUUGCUUAUACAGGAAUUAUUGCUCUUUAUAAUAAUGUACACGAAGAUAUUUAUUAUGAAUUUUUAACUUUACAUUGUGCUUAUCGACUUCUUAACAAUGCACGACAUAUGGAUCAAAAUAUUGUUCAAGCUAAUAAUUUGCUUCAAUUAUUUGUCGAGAACUUCUCAACUGUAUUUGGUUCGAACAGCAUUUCUUUUAACGUUCAUAAUCUGCUUCAUUUGGCUUCUUGCGCAGAAAAGUAUGGUCCCCUUAUUUCGUUUUCUGCAUAUGCAUUUGAAAAUAAACUGCAAACACUGAAAAAACAUGUUCGAAAACCAUCACAUAUCUUUCAACAAAUUAUUCAAAAGGAAAAAAAUUGCAUGAUUGUCAACACUAUUCAGGAUGGGUUAAAAUAUGAAAAAGGUGUUAUCGUUGGAGCUUUUGUAAAUGAUUGCUACAUAUCCUGCAAAGAACCAGAUAAUAUUUGCGCGGUGAAUUCAUGCAUUCCAAUAAAAAUUGAUAAUAUAAAGAAAAAGGGCGAAAUAUAUAUUGAAGGCAGUCGAAUUUUGGCAUUAGAAAGUUUCUACGAAGAACCGGUGAAUUCUUGUGAGAUUGGUAUUUUCAAAACGAAUCUGACUCUAGGGGAAAAAGAGACAUUUUGUAUUAAAGACAUUCAGUUCAAAUUUGUAUGCUUGCCAAUUGAUUCUGAUUUUGUAAUCGUGCCCAUUUUACAUUCCUGCUUUCCAGAGAAAUAUCAAGCACAAAUUUUUACCUCCUAAGUACACAACUCCGCACAUAAACAUGUCGAACGAAAAUGCCAACCCCUCCAAAGGAAAAAUGAAAUAUUUUGCUCCACAAGGUAAUCUCCAAAGAUUAUCACUAAAUUUUUAACAGUAUAACAAAAUUGAGUUCAUAUUUUUGAUAGCUAAUGCAAAAUGUUCUUCCUGCCAAGAAAAUGCCAGAAAAACUAGACACGAUUAUUGAUAUUUUGGCGGAGCAUAAAGUUUUACUGGAUCGUGUUAUUUCUCAGAACGCAUUUGUGGACAAUAUUAUGACAAUUUUUCCAAUUGAAUCGGAAGAAAAACUUCGAGAAUUUGAUCGAAUUCUCGCAACACAAGCAGAUCUAUAUACUCGACAAAUGAAAAAUCUCAUUGCAGGUAACGCUGAACGUAAUUUGCAUAAAGUAUUUGGAAGAAAUAUUAUUAUGGAUUUUAAUGUUGACGGAACUUUCGGGAAAAAAGGUCUACGAGAUUUUGGUAAUGUACUUGCCGCCAUAAUAGAAGUUAUAUCAACAUUUAAUAAAUUACCUGACAAGACUUUACGAGCAGCGUUCCAACGCCAAAAGAAAAAGUAUUUUAAGAUCAACAAACGAAGCAGGCGCACCGAAGAAAAGGAACAAGAUGAAAAUGAUGAAUAA